AUGCCUAGUCCCAUAGAGGUGGGAAAGAAACGUCGAACCAGCGCUCCGAAGAAUCGCACGGGCUGCGGCACUUGCAAGCGUCGACACAAGCGCUGCGAUGAAACACGGCCGAUAUGUGACUUGUGUCGCAAGUCAGGAUACGUCUGCGACGGUUAUUUCGACCCUUCGACAGGGAAAAGUUUCGGGGGUAAUUCACAACACAUGAGGCAUGUCUCCCAGCGUCUCCAUCCGGUCCCUCUGAACCACUUUGACAAUGAGCAAGAGGCGCAAGGAUUCCGGUUUUUCGAAAUAGCAACGACACUGCAGCUGGCUGCUGCUCUUGAGAAUCUUGGCUGGACUCCACCGCUUCUUCAGCUCAGUCACCAUGAUCGCGCCAUUCGUCAUGCAAUUAUUGCCAAUGGGAUUAUGAGCAAAAGAUACCAAGAAAACCAGUUGUUAGCAAAUGCGAACUCGCAGACAGAUGAGCUUUACCGGGAAGCCUUGGGGCAGUAUGGAAAAGCAGUUGCUUGUUUUCGGUCGCAGCUCCAAGACAGUCAAGAGAGCAGCCGUCAGUCGCUCGAGAAUUUACCCGCAAUGUGCGUUCUUUUGGUUAUGUUCGAAUUCAUGCAGGGGAACGCAGAAGGCUUGUUGCUACAUCUCCAGAGCGCAAUUAAGCUAGCCUCCAGGGCAAGGAAUGGUCCGCAAGCUCAGAAUUUCCACAAACUGCUGACAUUGAUCGAUAUGGUCGCAUCCACGUGGAUCAAUCUAUACCGGUCUCAUUCACACACAACGCUGCAGCUUCCAAAGAUCACCGCGAGCCAGAUGCCAUUGCCAAUGCCGUCCGAUUUGAUCACUCUUUCCUACGACCUUAUCAAUAUCAAGAAUGAUUUGAUGACAUUGCGCCAUUUUGUGGCAUCGGCACCCGGGGCAGCAAGCAUACAAAUCCUAGAUCCAAGCAAUUUAUUUGAAGCGAACCUGGAAGGAAUUCAAUGUCGGCUGGAAGCUUGGAUUUCGGCAUUUAUCAGACUCUCCGCCACCGAUGCUAAGUCCUGUAUCUACCGCUGUUCUCUUCUCCGAGCCAAUUACCUUCUGGCGAUAUUAGAACUUGAUGCGAUCCGCAAAGUGCAACCAGCAUGGGGUUCAUACUGUGUUGAUUCUUCGGAAAAAUCAGAUUCACUGAAGGCGAAAAUGAAGACCUGCUCUGAGAUAGUCGAUCUCGUUGAAGAAGUCACCAGAAAAGGCUACACGCCAAUGCGUUAUGAUGUCUGUGCAGGUGAAGAAUCGCUUGCACCGACUGGCCUGGUUCCCCUCUUCUCAUUUCGGCUUAGUUUUAUACAACCUGUUUUCUACGUUGCUCAGAACGCUCCAGAUAUUGGACUCCGUCGAAAGUCCGUCCGAAUUCUACUUCAAAAUCCAUGGCGUGAAGGGGCAUGGCACUCCUUGGUUAUGGGCUCAAUUGCAGAGCGUUGCCUGGAACAUCAAUCCAAGGGCUCGGGUAUCAGCGCGAAACUGAAAUACCGACUGUGCCGCAAGGAGUCUGGGAUAAGGGUAGCAGUUUGCCCUUAA